GGUAGGGCUAGCAAUUCAAUAUUUUGAUUUCAGGGUUAGGGGAAGAGGUGAAGUGCAUUUCCUUCCUUCAAGACAGUGAUGUGUGAAGUGAGACAGAUGCUGGGCUACAUUACCAAAUCAGCUAAAUUGAAUUCUCUAGAAGUCGUGCUGAAUCUAUAAUGUGCUGUGACAUAAAUAGGCGUGACACAGGAGAGUAACGAGGCAAAUACUCAGUAUUAAGAGGGAUGAGUGGUAUAUUGCAGCAUCCAGACGGCACAGUCCUGAAACAGUUACAACCCCCUCCUCGUGGGCCCAGAGAGUUAAAUUUCUACAAUAUGGUAUUUGGUUCAUUGUGUCAUGAUCAUGUGUUCUUAGAACUACAACAAUUUUUGCCCAAGUUCCUUGGUACCUGGACACCAACUGCUGCACCUAAUGAAUUGUACCUUAAACUGGAAGAUGUGACACGCAAGUUCAACAAGCCAUGCAUCAUGGAUGUGAAAAUAGGGAAAAAGAGCUAUGACCCUGACGCUUGUGCUGAGAAGAUACAGCAACAGAUCAGCAAAUACCCUCUAAUGGAAGAAAUUGGUUUCUUAUUGCUUGGCAUGAGGGUCUACCAGUUGACAUCUGAUAAUUAUGUGGCAUAUGACCAGUGCUAUGGAAGAGGUCUAACACAGGAAACUUUAAAAGAUGGUCUGUCUAGAUUCUUCCACAAUGGAAAUUAUUUGAGAAAGGAUGUUGUUGCUGCCAGUAUUCAAGAGAUUGAAAAAAUACUACAGUGGUUUGAGAGUCAGAAUCAGCUCUGUUUCUAUGCAAGCUCCUUACUGUUUAUUUAUGAGGGGUCGCCUCAGCUGAUAGCAAUAGGUGAUGGAGAGGCACCCAACAAACCAGCAACACCAAAGGGAAUGAGACAUACUGGAGAAACGCUGGAGAACAAUAACAACAUGCAUGUAAUUAACUCUACUGAAAAUGGAAUGAUGGAGGCUGCAGUUGGUCAAAGCCUUUCCAAUAUGUAUGCACUCCACAUGAAGGGGUGCUACAGAGGACAUCAAAAUGUGGUUCCGUCACAAUUGAAGAAAACAGAGCAAGACCAUAGUAUAUGCAAAUGUUUAACUCUCAUUACACCUGGACAGCCAAACGGCAAUGAUUUAAAACAGUUGAUUCAUACAUCCAAUAUGCUUCAGGAAUCCACAGAUGUUGACAUCAGAAUGAUAGACUUUGCACAUGUGUUCCCUAGCAACACAAAAGACGAGGGUUACAUUUAUGGACUGAAACAUUUAAUCAGCAUACUACGGAAAAUACUGGAUGAUUAAAUUUUUAUUUUUGAGAGAUA